ACUUCUCAGGCAAGUGUCUUGCCAGACGCCCUGGACGGCGCCUACGCAGCAACGCUUGGCGCCAGCGAGUCGUUGGCUGCCAACCGGGGAUUGUCUGACGAAGAGGCCUACCUGUUUGAUGGUGGAACCUGCCCGCCUGUCGAGGAACUGUGCGCCCUGGCCUCCCAAAUACGGGACAAGGGAAAGGGGAAAAUCGUAACCUUCUCACCUAAAGUGUUCAUACCCUUGACCCAUUUGUGCCGGGACUUUUGCGGGUACUGCACUUUCCGGCACAGCCCUGACACGGCGCCCUCUCUUUACAUGACUCCCGAAGAGGUUCUGGCGGUUGCCAAGGCCGGGGAACGACUGGGUUGCACCGAAGCCCUGUUCACCUUGGGAGAACGGCCAGAGCAGAGGUAUCCAGAAGCUAGGCAGUGGCUUUCCGACCGAGGCUACGCCACUACGCUUGAAUACCUCACCGAAAUGUGCCGCUUGGUAAUGGGAGAUACGGGACUGAUGCCCCACGCCAAUCCGGGUACCAUGAGCCGAAGGGAACUGGCGGCGCUGCAGCCCUACAACCCGUCCAUGGGACUGAUGCUCGAAAGCACCAGCCCGCGCCUCUACCAGGAGGGCGGACCCCACGAAUUUGCUCCCAGCAAGCGGCCCAGGGUGCGCUUGCGGACCAUGGAAUUGGCCGGAGAAUUGGGAAUACCCUUCACCACUGGCCUCCUGAUUGGGAUUGGAGAGACUCGCCGGGAACGUAUCGACGCUUUCCUGGAAAUUCGGGCCCUGCACCGCACCUACGGCCACAUUCAGGAAGUGAUCGUGCAGAAUUUCCGGGCCAAGCCGGCUACGCCCAUGGAAGAGGCGGAUGAUGCCUCUGCUGAUGAAUUGCUCUGGACCGUAGCUGUGGGCCGAAUUUUGCUGGGGCCCGACGUGAACCUGCAGGUGCCCCCGAAUUUGAGCGCAAGUGACUAUCCUGCAUAUCUCGACGCGGGAAUCAACGAUUGGGGCGGCGUAUCUCCCCUGACCAUCGACUUUGUUAAUCCAGAAGCUCCCUGGCCGGCCUUGCCAGACUUGCAGCGGAACACCCGUGACAAGGGGUUUGAACUAAAGCCUCGCCUGCCGGUUUACCCCGAAUACUUUAUGGGUGCAAUGCAAUGGCUACCCGAACCUCUUCGAGCCAAGGCUACUUCCCUGGCCGACGAGGACGGUUACGUUAAAGGAGGAAUGGAGCGGUAUGCCGGAAGAAACUGA